UUACACUUGGCACAAUGCAGUCAGGCAAUUACCAUUCUCCUGGCAACUGCCAAACCCAUACACGUCCAUUGGAUUUCCAGACAGAGAAGCAGAGAAAGAGAGCUCUAGAGUCCACAUGCACUGACCCCACUCUGUCACACUUUACGUACGUGGAGUUGCUGUUGUUCCCAGUUGAUUCCACUUUGCUAUAAUACCCCUAACAGUUGACCAUAGAAUAUUUAGUAGCAAGGAAAUUUCAUGGAUGAACCUAUUGCACAGGUGGCAACCUAUCACAGCACCAUGCUUGAAUUCACUGAGCUCCUGAGAGCAACCCAUACUUUCACAAAUGUUUGUAGAAGCAGUCUGUAUGCCUAG